CAGCUCACCUGCCUGACGGACGGGCUGAACUGGAACUCUCCUGCCUCUUUUAGAUCCAGCCAGAUCAUCGGCAUCCGGGGGACCGCCUCCAUCGCGGCCGACUCUACACGGCGCUGUCAGCCGCUACGAUGUCGAAACCACACGUCACUGGUGAAUCUUAGGCAGCGGCUGCUGGAGGCGGCGUGAACCCGACGGGAUGAUGACAUCAGAGCCCUGAUGGCCAGUGGGGCUGCGUUCUCCACAGACUGGCUGGGUUCGUCACCGCUGCAUCUUGCUGCUCUGUACAGUCACCACUCCACCAUGGGGGUGCUGCUGGGAUGCCCAAACCAAGGUGGGCAAGACCCCCCUCCAGAGGGUUGCACCAUCUUAGUGGCUCUGGGGCCCCAUGCAUCUGUGCAGAACAGUGCCAACAUCAACGCCAAAGAUAUUCCGAAGAUGACAGCGCUGCACUGAGUGGCUCAGCGCGCCAG